AUAAAAAUGAUGCACAUGUUUUCUAUACCCGCCGGAACGUCCGUAAGUUUACACAUGUUAUAAUCAUGUUAGUCGUAACCGUAACGUUAGCCAGUUCAGACGCGUCUCAUUCAGCUUAAAUCUCUUACUCAACAGAAAAGGAAUUAAAUAUUAAUACUGUAUCAACGGCUUAAAGCUGAACAAUGCCUGUACGUGUAUGAGUGAGUGAGAGGGCGCGUUCAUAGUAGGAUAAAUCGGUUUUUAGAGUGAGCCACAAAGCAAGUGAAAAUCCAUCCUCCAGUGUUUCGAAAGGAAGCAUAUCGUGCAAAGUGAAUGUAGUGCACUGUUAUAUCCAUAAUCAAAAUCUAAUCCUCGGGAUGUAUAUAUUGCAAAAUUGGUCUGGUGCGUGUUUAGCGUUUUAGUGAAAAUCUAGAAUUCAAUGAUCGACCGAUAAUUGGCGCGUUUGUGUAAAGUAGUAAGUUACCAUGCAGGAAGUUUGCAGCUCGGUAAAUCCAGUGAAAUCGGAAACACCAAAUUUGACUGCCCUGCAAGGCACUUUAUUAGUGGAUGUGGAUGCACCUUCAUCGCAGACGCACUCCCCGCUGGCAUCGGCAAUUUCGCACAUAAAUAGGAAAUCGGUGGCCAAUGACAAAGUUAACCGAUCCGCCGGCCAGAAUCUGCCGCUUGCGGAUCUACCGACGCAAACACCGGUCCAUCCCGAUUCGUCCUACUGGAUGCAGAACGAGAGCGGAUUCAUCAACUCGCAGCCUUCGAUGGCGGAGUUUCUGACCCACAUCGAUAGUGACAGCCCGAAGAUCAGCUCCCAGGGCUACCAGAAUGGACCAAACGACAGUAUUGAAUCCGUCCCGGAGUAUCCCUGGAUGAAGGAGAAGAAGACGGCUAGGAAAAACCAAACCCAAGCUGAAUUCGUGGCUGAGAACGGUUUACCCAGACGACUGCGAACAGCCUAUACUAAUACCCAGCUUCUGGAGCUAGAGAAGGAAUUUCAUUUCAAUAAGUAUUUAUGUCGCCCUAGGCGAAUAGAGAUUGCAGCCAGUUUGGAUCUUACUGAGCGGCAGGUCAAGGUGUGGUUUCAGAACAGACGAAUGAAACACAAGCGUCAGACGCUAUCCAAAACGGACGAUGAAGAUUCGAGCAAAGACGACUUAAAAGAUUCCAAUUCCAAGAAAUCUUGCCAAGGUUGUGAGCUGCCCUCGGAUGAUAUUCCCGAUUCCACAUCUAAUUCGAGAGGCUUGAACAACAGUACGCCGAACAACUCCACUACUCCAAAUUCCACUGUUGAAAUUGGUACUUCAACGAGCAACACAGUCAAUGCGGACUCCAGUGUCGCAUCCUGUGGGAGUAUCGACGAGGAUGAGGAAGUGCAUACCAGCGUGAAGAAAAAACGGGAAAAUAGUACCAAAAAGGAAAGCUUCCUGGCAACGAAAGGAUUAAAUCACCACAAAACCUUUGACAGUCGUAAAGACCCCAGCAUGGGUUCACCGCAAAUUCCCACAACUACAAACGUCAUCACGUCGACCGGAAUGAUUCCGAACCCCGCGGUGCAUAGUCAGUAUAAUCAGAUCGGAUUACAUCCAGUGAUAAGAAACAAACCCCAGCAUCAGACGGAUUACGAGAACGUCGGCGGCCACAAUGGCGGUGGAUGUUACGGAAAUCCAAACAAGCAAGAAUACUUCAGUAAAGUAGACGUUAGCUAUCAUCAAUACACUAAGACAAUGUCAACGCAUCAGUAUAUCGCCCAACCAACGACAGCCAGCCAAAAACCAGAAAUGUCUUCAGGUAUAAAUGUGAAGAAAAUCUGCACCCGAUUUCACUCCGAAGGUGCUAGAAUACAGCAACAUCACGAAGCGUAUUCCCAUCAAAAUCCGCAUUUCUACAAUAAUGAUAGCGCAACGGGUUACAGCAAUUUCAGCAAUAUCCAGUGCUAUCAUAAUGAGUACGAUAUCCAGACCGAGUCCAGCGGUAGUUAUUACGAUCCGAAAACCCAAUCCUACUACUACGAAGGAGCACCUUAUUAUCAUCAGCACCAUCCCAAUAUAAUCGGAUCAUCUGGAGUGCCAACUGCAACCGCAUGUCAGACAAACAACUUUCUGAAUAACGACACGGAAAACUUCAAUUUCCAUCAACCCUAUUACGAGACGCAUCAGGCUGGUAAUCAGUAUCAUCUGAGUGCCAAUAGCGGCGCCGCAUCCAACAUGAUCGAUAUGAACCAUCAACCGCACGGUCACGAUCCGGCGGUGUACGGUGCCACUCAUGGCAACAAUCUUCCCAUCAGCUAUGGACAAACCAACGGAAAUAUCGUUACGAACAACGUUAAUCCUAGCAUUACACAGUUGGAAAACUCUAAUUCAUCUUCAGAUUUCAACUUUCUAAGCAACCUGGCAAACGAUUUUGCUCCCGAGUACUAUCAGCUUAGUUAAUGUUAUUUGGCACACACACACAAACCCUGGAAGAACGCUUUUAUAUCAAACAGAGUCAGUCAUUGUUUUUAUUAUCUAUUACAUUUAAAUGUAAAAAUCUCUAUUUUAAGUUUCCUUGUCCGUUUCCGCGUAAGCUAGAUAUGUGAAUAUAUGGAAAUAUAUAUAUUAUUCGAACAAAGCGUCGCACCUAUAUUUUAUUAUUU